AUGUCGGCAAACAAGGCCGGGCUGAAAACGAGAAACAAAAUUGUCCUGCGUCUCAUAGCAAGGCUCGGUGUGGCUGGCAGUGCUGAGAUGCCAUCGUUAUCGCGAGUGCGGCUCAGCGGUGCGAACGUCACCGUGGCUGUGCUCACCCGUGUGCCCUCUCAUUUCCAGGUCGGGGCACUGAAGAGCUCGAUGGCGGACGGCGUGGUUUUCAGUGUGCCGCGGGCAAGAGUCAAGGACGUCGUUGCUGCCGGGAGGGAGCGAGAAGCGUCCUUGAAAAUGUUAGCGCUUGGAAAGGAGACGGGCCGGGCUCUUUGCCGGCACCGAGGGCUCCGGGAGCGGCGGGGAGUCUUUCCUUGGUUUGGCUUGGAUAUUGGAGGGACCUUGGUCAAGCUUGUCUAUUUUGAACCAAAGGACAUCACCGCCGAAGAGGAGGAGGAAGAAGUGGAAAAUCUCAAAAGCAUCCGCAAAUACCUGACGUCAAACGUCGCCUACGGAUCGACGGGCAUUCGGGAUGUGCACCUUGAGCUAAAGGACCUUACCCUGUGUGGACGUAAAGGCAAUCUGCACUUUAUACGCUUUCCUACUCAUGACAUGCCCGCUUUUAUUCAAAUGGGAAGCGAAAAGCACUUCUCGAGCCUCCAUACUACCUUAUGUGCCACGGGAGGUGGAGCGUACAAAUUUGAGCAGGACUUUCGCACAAUGGGUGACCUUCAGCUGUGUAAGCUAGACGAACUCGACUGCCUUAUUAAAGGAGUUUUGUACAUUGACUCCGUUGGAUUCAACGGCCACUCGGAGUGCUACUACUUUGAAAACCCGACGGAUGCUGAGAGAUGUCAGAAGCUCCCGUUCAACCUGGAGAAUCCCUAUCCUCUCCUCUUGGUGAACAUCGGCUCGGGGGUCAGCAUCCUGGCUGUCUACUCGAAAGAGAACUACAAACGGGUGACGGGCACCAGCCUCGGAGGGGGAACGUUUUUCGGUCUCUGCUGCCUGCUGACCGGUUGCUCCACCUUCGAAGAGGCCCUAGAGAUGGCGUCCCACGGAGACAGCACCAAAGUGGACAAGCUAGUGCGGGACAUUUACGGAGGAGACUACGAGCGGUUCGGCUUGCCAGGCUGGGCCGUAGCGUCCAGCUUUGGAAACAUGAUGAGCAAGGAGAAGCGGGAGUCUGUCAGCAAAGAGGACCUCGCGAAGGCCACUUUGAUAACCAUCACCAACAACAUUGGCUCCAUAGCACGGAUGUGUGCGCUUAACGAGAACAUCAAUCGAGUGGUGUUUGUUGGCAAUUUCCUUCGGAUCAAUACCAUCUCGAUGCGGCUUCUGGCGUACGCGUUGGACUACUGGUCCAAGGGGCAGUUAAAAGCACUCUUCUUGGAACACGAGGUGAAGCUUUAA